AUCACGCGAAAUCGGGAAUCUUUGACAUGUGUUGAAUGCCGGACACGCAAGCUCAAGUGUGACAGACAGCUGCCAUGUAGUUCUUGCACAAAGAGAGGCGAUCCAUCCAGUUGCUCCUAUAACAGGACGCCCGGGAGAAAGGAGACUGCAGAAAGCAGCCGCGCAUCACGAGCCGAAAGCAGACUUCAGCACCUCGAACAGGCGCUGCAAGAUCUCGUCAACACAUCAUCACGAGGCCCGGAAACCAAUUCCUCGGAUGCCUCCGCACGUCUUGAAAGGAGCAAUGUCGACGACGGCACCUCGAUUUACACGGGGCCGACUCACCAUGCCGCCAUGUUAGAGGACAUUGCCGAGCUUCGAAAUGUCAUCGGCGAGCAAGAUGUCGAUUUUCAUUCAUACGGAUACUACGAUUCUGAUGUACUCUUCGGGGGCGUACAGGCCCUCCCUCUACCAGUCAUCUUGUCUCGGUAUUUGCCCUCAAGAACAGAGUCUGAUCGGCGGCUCGCCAUCUACUUCCGAGCUGAAGGCAUCGCAUCGCCCUUCGUCCAUGUCGGGCAGUUUCAUAAGCAGUAUGAAGCCUUCUGGCAGGUUCAGUACGCUAUAUCCCCACUUUGGAUAUCUUUGCUCUUCUCGAUCUUCCAUCUGUCCGUGCGAAGCGGACCGUUCGUACCCUCUGAGGAGGACAAGCCUCUCGAAUUCGGUCUUGCAGCUGCGCACUGCCUAGCAAUAGGAAGAUAUAAUAGACCUCGGAGAUUUGCCGUCGAAGCUCUGACUACCUAUAACCAAGUCAAGCUUGUAGAAGGACUGUACUUGUGUUGGAGCUUGGGCAUGCUGAUGGGCACACUGGCCCAGGUUGCAUUCUGCAUGGGCUACCAUCGAGAUCCAGAUCAUUUCCCCAACAUCACGCCGUUCGAAGGCGAAAUGCGACGCCGAGCAUGGUCUGCCCUCAUGCAGAUUGAUCUCUUGAACUCUUUCCAACUCGGUCUACCAAACUGUGUGCAUCGUCGUACCAGUUGGGACACUCGGAUACCAGGCAACUACCACGAUUUCGACCUAGACCCAGAAAUGAAAAGCCUACCACAGCCGAAACCAGGCUCGGAAGUGACGAAGAUCAUGUUCUACAAUUCCAAGCACAAGCUAAUGGGCGACUUUGAAAAGAUCUUGCAGCACGCUACGCGUACGAAUGAAAUGGUUCAGCAGCCUGAGCUCGUCACUCUCGACGAACAGCUUCGAGCAACUUACGAAUCACUUCUUGAGGUCCUUCGCUGGAAGAACGUCUCGAGAUCUAUCGCAGGCCCGAUCAUGUUGAUCGUCACAAGACGAUGUAUCGAGCUCAUGUACGAAAAGUGUCGCUGCGUACUGCAUCGCAAGCACAUCACUUCUGGUCGAGAGUCCAGUAUCCGCAUAGCUUUUGACGCAGCUCGAGCCAUCGUCACCUCUUUUCUAGACAUGUACCCGGAAUGGAAACCUGGUGGACAAUUCUAUAACGAUCGGUGGUUACUCAGCUCUGUCACUUGGCACGACUUCCUUAUGGGAGUAACGACUCUCUGUCUCAUUUUAUGUCAAGACCGAAAGACUCCUGCCUUGUCAAUCAGCUCGGAGGAUAAGAGGAGUAUGAUUGAUCUAUUGACGCAAGCGGAGAAAGUUUGCCACGAGAAGAGGGAGGAGAGCAGCACCGGCGUACGAGCGGGUAAACUGCUGAAGGCUGUUUUCUCACAAACGGAUGCGCAAGAAAUCGACCCUCGCUCUUCCACCACAGAUUCACAAAUACCUUAUGCCAUGCAGAGUUUCGAGCAAGAACAGCAGCAGCAGCAGCAGCCAGAGCUCGACAUUUUCGCCGAUCCAACGACGUGGCAGAAUGUCUUUGAUAAUCAAGAAUGGGCGUUCAUGGAAGACUUCCUUAACACAAAUUUCGACAGUAUCUAG